AUGUUUCCUCUGACUGUGGAAAACAAGCGUGUCGCCCAGUUGUUGCUCAGUACUGGUACCUGUCCAAGAUGUAUCUUCAGAUUCUGUGGUGUGGAUUUUCAUGCACCAUACAAACUUCCCUACAAGGAGUUGCUCAGUGAACUACAAAAAUUUCUAGAAGCUGAAGAAGAUGAAUUAGUUUCUGAAGUUCCAAACCCACCUCCCAAGAAAAUUCGACUCCAAGAACCAGAAGAUUGGACUGAUGGGAUGGAUAGUCUGAGUCAAAAUGGAGAGGGAAAGCUCUCGGUGACUGAAGAUGGAAGCAGUUCUUCCAAGAAUUCGAAUUUAAAUGUAUGCAAUGUAUGCCUAGGAAUUCUUCAAGAUUUCUGUGAAAAAGAGUUCAUUAAAAAGGUGUGCCAAAAGGUUGAGGCCUCUGGGUUUGAAUUCACCAACUUGGUAUUGUCAGUCUCCUUCCCACCACAGCUAUCUGUAAGAGAGCAUGCUGCUUGGUUGCUGGUAAAACAGGAAAUGGGAAAGCAGAGUCUGUCGCUGGGAAGAAAUGAUAUAGUUCAGCUAAAAGAAGCCUACAAAUGGAUAACUCACCCCCUGUUUUCAGAGGAACUGGGUGUUCCCAUUGAUGGAAAGAGCUUGUUUGAAGUGAGUGUGGUCUUUGCUCACCCAGAAACAGUUGAGGAUUGCCACUUCCUACGUGCAAUAUGCCCAGAAUGUUUCAAGCCAGCCAAAAACAAACAGUCAGUAUUCACUAGAAUGGCAGUUAUGAAAGCUUUGAAUAAGAUAAAAGAAGAGGAUUUCCGCAAGCAGUUUCCUUGUCCUCCAGACUCACCAAAGGCUGUAUGCACUGUUCUUGAAAUUGAAUGUGCUCAUGGUGCUGUUUUUGUGGCUGGGAGAUAUAAUAAAUACUCCAGGAAUCUACCACAAACUCCUUGGAUAAUUGAUGGAGAAAGGAAGCUGGAAUCUUCAGUGGAAGAAUUAAUUUCAGACCAUCUUUUGAAAGUGUUCAAAGCAGAAAGCUUUAAUUUUUCUUCCUCUGGAAGAGAAGAUGUAGAUGUGAGAACAUUAGGAAAUGGAAGGCCCUUUGCAAUUGAGCUGGUGAAUCCUCAUAGAGUACAUUUCACUUCACAAGAAAUUAAGGAACUUCAGCAGAAAAUUAAUAACUCAUCUAACAAAAUCCAAGUCCGUGACUUGCAGCUUGUCACAAGAGAGGCAAUAGGACAUAUGAAAGAAGGUGAAGAGGGGAAGACCAAGACCUACAGUGCCUUAAUAUGGACAAAUAAAGCAAUACAGAGGAAGGACAUUGAAUUCCUAGAUGACAUAAAGGACUUAAAGAUUGACCAGAAAACACCUUUACGGGUCCUUCACCGGAGGCCCCUGGCUGUGAGAACUCGCAUCAUUCACUCCAUGGAGACAUGCUAUGUGGACGAGCACCAUUUCCGCCUCUCCCUGAAGACUCAAGCUGGAACCUACAUUAAAGAGUUUGUACAUGGAGACUUUGGAAGAACCAAGCCAAACAUUGGCUCUCUGAUGGAGGUGACUGCAGACAUUCUUGAGCUGGAUGUUGAGUCUGUAGAUGUUGACUGGCCCCCUGCUCUGGAUGACUAG